AUGUCUACUCCCGAACAAGAAUACAUCGACCUCAUCACUCGCACCGAUAUUUCCGAAGAGGAAUACUUUGCAGUCUUUGAUAAACUAAAGCCAGUUGCACCGGAGAAGGUUAUCGGAAGCUGGGAGGGAGCCAAUGUGAAUAGCAACCAUCCAGCCGAGCAGAAGCUUGCGCUGAUGAAAUGGGCUGGGAAGGACUUUCAUUCCACCGAAGAUGUUGACCCGGUCAUGGUGUAUAAAGACGAUGGUUCACGGGUUUGGAAUGCAGAUUGGGGACAUGCUCUUCUUCGUCAGAUCGAGUGGCGUGGUGUCGUUUCAACAGCUAUGAUAUACGAUGACUUCCCCAUCAUCGAUUAUUUCCGAUACGUCAAUGAUAAUCUCCUUGCAGGCGCUAUGGAUUCAAAGAAUAUGGAGGGGACUUACUUCUUCUACCUGCAUAAAUAG